AUGUCUUUGUCUGAUAGUGUUGGUGGUGCAGAUGAAGAAGAAGAAAGCUUCCAAGAUAUCCAAGCAAGUGAAGAAAGUCAUCCAGUAUGCGUUGUUUAUUGCGUUGCCAGCACCAUUGCCCUAGUUCCAGACGAUUCACUUUUAGAUCUAAGUAUGAUCCCAUCGUUGGAAUCAGGUUUAUGCAUCGAUUCUCAAAAUUUUGAAUAUUCACCAACUCCAGAACUCUCUACACCAAAAAGAUAA